AGCGUCAACCCACCUCUGGAAUUUCAGAGGGGAAGAAGGAGAAGCAAAUUAUGGGACACGGAUUUUAGCUGAAGUCCUGAAAAGAGUUCAUUUAUUUCCUCAACCCAGGAGAAAGGAAACUUUUAUUUUGUAGUCUGCAAUAACCUCACAGAUCUGCUCCCAUCUAGGAGGUUUUAUGACAGCAAAUCCUUCAGAGGAACAGUUGGAACAUCCAGACUAAAGCCUGUCUUUGUGGGAAACAAACUUCUUCCAAGGCUGUCAGUCAUGCAGCCAUUUACUUUGAUCGCUGUGCUUUUUCUCCUGCUCCACAUUUCCAGCAGCUCAAACGCUCACAGACACCACCGACAAGCCCUUCCUGGAAGCCAAUCCGGAGUGUGUCGAUACGGCAGGAGACUCGAGUGUUGCUAUGGCUGGAAGAAAAACAAUAAAGGGCUGUGUGAAGCUCAUUGCGAGCAUGGCUGCAAGCACGGCGAGUGCGUUGGCCCAAACAAAUGCAAGUGUUUCCCUGGAUACACUGGAAAGACGUGUAAUCAAGAUUUGAACGAGUGUGGUCUGAAACCUCGGCCUUGCGAGCAUCGCUGCAUGAACACCUACGGGAGCUACAAGUGCUACUGCCUCAAUGGUUACACCUUGAUGCCGGACGGCUCUUGCGCCAAUUCCAGGACAUGCUCGCUUGCUCACUGUCAGUACGGCUGUGAGGAAGUAGAAGGGGAGAUCUGCUGCCUCUGUCCGUCUGCAGGCCUGCAACUGGGACAAGAUGAGAGAACAUGUGUAGAUAUUGAUGAAUGCAUAACGGGGAAGAACCUUUGUCCCUACAACAGACAAUGUGUGAACACCUUUGGAAGCUACUACUGCAAGUGCCAGGAUGGCUAUGAUUUAAAAUACAUCAAUGGCAAAUAUGACUGUGUAGAUCUAGAUGAGUGUGCGGCCAGUACCCACAAGUGCAGCCGGCACGCCGUCUGUCUGAACACUCAUGGUUCCUACAAGUGCAGGUGCAAGUCUGGCUUCCGAGGGAACGGCUUUGAAUGCUCCGUAAAGCCAUUUUAUCAGAGACCGUGGGAUGGAGACAAAGGCAGUGCAGAUUAUUCCCUCAACGCCAUUCCCGACUCCCAAGUGAGGCCUGUGAUUCUGGGAGGUGAGCGGACCAAAGAGGACAUCAAAAACGUCAUACCUGAACCGGCUGCGACACCCCCUCCGACGAUCCGGCAGCAGCCUUUUGACUACGAUGGAGGGGUCUACAUUGGCAACAAGAUGGAUACAAAGACAGAGGAAGAAGAGGAGGAGGAGGAGGAAGAAGUGGAAGACAACAAGCUCAAUCCAAGAGGAGACGUUUUCAUCUCACAGGAGUUUGAGUCCGUGUUUGGCCCGUCCAAGGACAUCAAGGAAAUCCAAGUUGGACAAACUCAGGAUGAGUAUUUCUUGGACUGCAACUUCGAUCAGGGAGGAUGUGAAUGGGUCCAAGACAAGACGGAUGACAUAGACUGGACUGUGGCGUACCAUAGCAACGGUGCUGGGUAUUACAUGGCUUUGAGUGGGCUUGUGGGGGAGACAGAGGAUGUGGCCAGGUUGAAGCUGCUUCUCAGUGACCGGGCCCAGCAGGCCGGCUUCUGCCUCAUGUUUGACUAUCGCGUCCUGGGACAAAAUGUGGGAACGUUAAAGGUGCUGCUGGAGAACAGCGCUUAUCCGGUUUGGGAGCAGAGUCAAAGCAGAGAACAAGGUUGGCAGACGGAGCUCCUGUCUGUGGCCUGGAAAGAAAAAGCUCCACAGUCUAUCAUCUUUGAAGCUCAGCAUGGAAACGGUGUUGGAGGGGAAAUAGGGCUGGAUAACGUUGCUCUGACCUCAGGGCCCUGUCAGGAGGAUUCCAGUCCAAUCUUCUGAGAUCACAUCAUCUGCCAUAGAAGACAUAUUGAGGAUUCUGCCUCCUUUUAAUAUGAAUUCUUCUUCGUCGUCCUUCAAAGUUCUCAAACAUUGCAGCCCCACACAGAAAAAAAACAUGUACAGUCAGUGCAGUUUACUUUAUUUACCUGCUGCUACAUCACUCCAUCGGGCACAAUUCAUUUUCUGAACAGUAACAUAUAUAUUUCUCAGGAAAAAGUGGAGAUACGUUGUGUAAUGGCUUUAACAGUAUUGUGCUCACACCUUGUUCAGUAUUCUGUCAUGAGGAAUGUGAAAUCAUGGGUGAUUUAAUUCUAUAAUAUCAAUUUUUUGAAGGCUCUUUUGUUGGAUUAAUAUCAGGAUAAUCGGUGAAUUAAUGAUGCAUAAAAUAUGUACUGUAUUCAUGCAUUAAGCGUAGUUUUCUAAUCUUGCCAACUUUUCUUCUUUCCUUGUGUUUGAUUUUUUUUAAUAAUCUUAAGGUGAAAUAUGGAGUCUUUUCAAUGACUUUGAGUUUGUGUUGCUAUCUGGCAAUAAAAGAAACCUGAACAAGA